AUGGCCAAUAUCGACAACUCAAACUCGGGGUUUACUCAGAAUCAUGCAGGAGAAGAACUUGUUAAUGUAUUGAGUUCCUCUGAGGAACUUUCAGUACAAGUACAAGUCAAGACUUCAAGUUCACCUCCCUUGAUUUCACCUACAAACUCAUCUGCAACUUCUCGUACUCCUCUAGCUCCAGAUUCAUCCUUUGCUGCUCCUCAUCCUAAGAAAUUUGUUGCUUCAAAUAUCAACAAGAAGUUCUUACAGAAGAACUCGUCUUCCUCAGGGUCUGCUACCACGUCAUCGAGCCACGCACCUGUCGUCAAGUCUGGUAGUCCUGCUCCUGCCCGACCCGUCGCUCCACCAUCAAGCUCGCAUUCGCGACUCGUGACCACCAAACUCACAGCAGCGCCUGUUUUAUCGACCACCACAGGUUCAGGUUGGUCGCGCCCAUCAUCCGCAACACCCCCAGUAUCUUCAACACCGUCAACUUCAUCAAAUGCACCCCCUCCGCACCCCCUUCCGCCUGCUGCUACCGCUGCACCAGCCUCGGUUCCAAUUCCAGCUGCCCCACAGCUCCCCGUCGCUGGCAAAGUCAUUCAGCCACAACCACGAGCUAUCGCAUCGACUUCGUCCGCCACGGCAAAGAAGGACGCCGCGUCUAAACCCGCUUGGGGACAUCCGAAGGUUGUUGCACCAGCCCUCUUCCCGGAUAGUGCAGGUCCCUCAGACUUUCCUACUGCUGCCGAAGUUGCUCAAGGCCGACCUUCACCCAAAAUCCCUGAAUCACAGAAGCUCUCUGAUGCUCCUCAUUCAAAAACCGUAACGCUAGAAGAGGCGGAUGCAUUCCGAGGUGUUCAUCUUGAUCCGAACACCCAUCACUGGGACGAGAUGGAGGAAGAUGACGAUAAUUUUCUGGAUGGAGUCAUUGAAUUUGGCGACGGAAGACAGUAUAAGAUAUCACCAGCUGAAGCCGGUGCUCAAAAUGCACCGUCUCCUCCUGCUACGGAUACUCUCGAGCCCCACCCAGAGCCAGUCGACGACGGCAGAACCCAUGUUAGCAAAGCAGAUCGUUUCGCAGACGACUAUGACCGGAGAUGGCCACGAUCAAGGCCUUCUCCAUCCUUUGCGCACAAGGAACUACCCCGUGCUCCUCGACAUCCGUCAAUGUCCCCGGCGUCUUCGCAUCCUAGCUUCUCACCUUCGGAAGGUUCAAGGGUUCUCUUCAAUGAACGUUCAAACAGACUCGAGCCAUACAGUUCUCACCCACUUACUCGUCAUUUCCCUAGUGGUUCAGCGCCCAGGAGAGGUUCUCAUAUGGAGCAUAUUCCACCUCCAGUGGACACGCGAAUCGGACGGGAUGGACCUUUGCGGUCGCCUGUGCAAUUGCUCCAAAAACCUGGUGGUGGUUAUGAUCGCUCACUACCUUCGCGCACAAUGAGAAACGGUCCCGCUUCCCAUGCACCUUACGGCAGACCUCGUGAUCGGGAUGGUUUACCCUCUCCCUUAAUGAAUGGGCCGCCAAAUUGGGAAGGGCUUCCGUCCAUUUCUCCUGUCGAGAAGCGUGAAAUGGGGCUUGAUGGCAGAGUUCGUCGCUUGUCGAACAUGGGCCCUCCACCAUUGCCGUCAUCGUUGAAGCAUGAUACCAUUCGUCAGUUGCCACCACAUAUUUCGACUGGCCCGCCUGGCAGGCUUUUUUCGAGAGAUCCGCAUCAACCUCAGUCCGCUUCUCAACAACAUUUUGAGUCGCCCACCACCUCAACAACUCAAGGGGGUAGCGUAGUUGCUCAAUCACCCUUAUUGUCGAUCGUGUCUGUCACAUCGGAACUUCCUACCCCAUUCGCGGCUCCUUCGCUGAGCAUCGAAGAUGUUCACAAGACCGCCAUGCACAUCUCAGCUGAGCGUGCAAAACAGCGACGACAAGUGGAAGAAGAGGAGCGGGAGAAAGAGAAAGAACGUGCUCGACAGAAGGCAGCUGCAAUGGAGGAGAAACUCAAGGCAAACGAGGACAAGAAGAAUGCUCAAGUGAGACUUUGUCACGAAGCGGAGGCCGUGAAACUGAUCCAGGAGGCUGUUGAAGCAGUUAAAUCUCCUUCCCAGAAAACACUGCAGCUUGAUGCCACGGCACAACGUCCAACGUUUGUCAGGCCAAUGGGGCGACCGCCAUCUUUGAGAGCAUCUGCCAGACAGCCGCUGAUUCCGAGGUCGAUUGUGGCUUCUGGUGCUGAGCAACCCCAUGAUCCCUCAAAAACGGAUUCAUGGAGAAGCAAAGCUCCACCUCCAUCAUCACCGCCAGCGCCUCAAGAGACACAUGUACAACCCAGUGUGCCUGCGCCGUUACUCCAGGGAAUAGAAGAGUUUAUCUCCGUCUCUGCAGAUGAGGAUCUUGAAGUGGUGGACUUUUGUGAUCUGGGUAAAUUAGUUGGUGCCCCAGCGGCUUCGCAAUCUGAGGUACAACACAAAAGUACUGAAAGGUCGUCCCACCCGCCUCGGCCAGUCGCAAGUGACUUCUUUGAAGAUUCGCAGCUUCAGACGCUUCCCCCUCGCCCACAGUCUCCAGGUGCUUGGCGCCGCAAAGCCCCCCUUCAGCAUUUCCGCGAGGUUUUAGUUCCAUCUGCGUUGACGAACCAAGAAGUUGCAAAGGAGACUGCGGACAAACCACUGCGGGAUGCUCCGGUGAACCCUGCGAGUCCGGAAUCGUUACGCGAGGCGAUGGCACAUAUAUCUCCUUCGAAGUGUUCCUCUAUUGCGGAUGGCUCAACCACAUAUUCGUCUAACCAAACAACGUUGCCCACAUCUCCACAACGCCUAACUCGCCCGUUUUACCGCGAGGCGCCGAUGUCUGCUCUCAACGAUGUGAUUUCUCGCAUCAAAGGGGCUCUGGAUGAUAUGCAAGCGACGGAAUCUGUAAAACAACCCAGCAAGGAGACUGCGGAUACAUCGCCUGACACAGAUGUCACCCAAUCCCAGGGCAAUGCUAAUGGUCGGGCUUAUUCAAGUGGGCCUAAAUGGCUGCCUCCUGCACUCAGGCAGCGUCGCGUCGAAUUUGGGGAAGAACGCGAAGUCUUCGAUGUCACAGGCUGCGACCCACCUUGUUCACCUCAACUAAACUUGGUGGUGCACCUACCCAGCCAGUCGCGUCCUUUGGAUCCUCUUCCUAAGCGGCAAGCUCGUUUCUUGAAGACCGGUUCGCAGGUUCGAUGGGAUAUAAUGUCCUGGGAUCCACCAGUUGAAGGCAUGAAGAGAGACUUUUCCUUGAAUGAUAUACUCUUCAGGGACUUUCAGUUUCCCAAGAGCAAACCUAGGUUUCGCGUGCUCCUUCCUCAAGCACGGCACUACCGUUCGUAUUCUUUCGCAAAUCCGUUGGGGCCCAAGGUCAACAUCCCUUCCGGAUCGACAAGGCCAGGUUCGUCACUCGGGCGGUCGAAGGUCGAUGACCUUCCGUCCUGGAGAAAGGUUGUUGUCUAUCCAUCUAUUCCGGAAGCCAGCCCAAAUGCCGUCAACGAUAGUGCUCUGGACACGAUCAGUUGCUCGCCUGCUCCUGACCCACCAGAAGUUGUCCCUGCUGCCCAAAGCGUAUUGCCAUGUGUCACCAAAGCGGAAGCCGUUACACAACGUCCUAGAGCACAACCAAAGAUGCCAGUGGGUUCUGCGGUUGCAUUCUAUCGCCCGCCCCCGUCUGAAGCAGCUCAAGAGUUGAAGAGCUCGGUGACCUUCACCGUCUUCAGUGAACUGGAUGAAGUGCCACCGUCUCCAGAAAAUGAUCCGCCAAGCGCUCUGUUCUCUUCGGCUGUAGACUCACCUGACAAAAGUUUCCCUACCAUGGAAGCGGUACCAAUCAGUCGCGUCAUGAAUGGCCUUGGAAAAGACACGGGCUCACCGAGGCUUGUUGUUUCGACGCAGCUUGAUUCUAAGAGCUCAGAUGAACCGGUUGACAGAAACCUCACCACCCCAGGGUCUGCGUCGUACAGCACGCCAUGGACGAAAUCUCCUUUAAGCUUUUCGUCUGCAAAGGAAUCUCCGGCGAGAGCACCGGACCCCGAGCAUCUAAAAGCUGUAUGGUCGCAGCCCUCUGACAAGGCUCCAGCGCAUGCAAUAAACUCCCUCGAGGGUAUCGCGGAUGAUCUCACUGCUCUACCGUUCACCUUGCAAGACGUCAAAUCUGAAGAUGGAGAAACUCCCCCUCCUACUUCAGCAGCAAACGUUCCAUCCAAAAUGUCGCUUCAUGACGUCACUCGCGCAUUCCAGCAGGUACCUACUUCAUCGAAUACCGCCACGAGGAGCAGUAGUACGUUGCCGUCUUCAUCCGCAGCCGGACCCAUCAGUCGUCCUUCAAAUUAUCCGUAUGGUGCUGUUCACCCACCAAGCAUAGGGGUCCGGCCGCCAUAUCCCUACUCGCCGAUGAUGGCCCACUCGCCUAGUCCCACACUCGUGUAUCCACCUGUAGUGCCAAGUCCCGCUCCGCGUGUACCUGUCAACGGACAUUCACCCAUGUUUAGUGGCGGCCAGCCGAUAUGGGUGCCCCUCCAGCCAUCCCAAAGCCACUCUGGUGCAGUGAGGCCUGUAUCUUCGCCAUACCCUACGCAGCUGAUGGCAUACCCUUCACCAAAUGGGGUUCCGUCGAUGUAUGGACCUCCUAUGCCACACGGCACACAGUCGCCACAGGUGAACGGAGCUGCCCGUCCUCGCAAUAUGCCAGUGAUGAGUCCUAUAUUACAUCCAGCGACUCCUUCGCAUGGAACUCAUUCAAUGUAUGCCGGAAGUCCUGUGAUGAUGCACGCACUUCCCAUGAUGGCUCAUGGCCCUCAACCCUACAUGGCUGUUGCUGCUGGCCGUGGACAAGGGCGUCCUGAUGGUAUGCCUGGGAUGUCACCGAUGCAGCACCAUUCUGCUCCUCAGCCUUCACACGCUGCUAUGUAUAGUCCUGCACAACCUCUACCAUACGGACGACCAUCAUGGUGA